GUUUGUGCAAUUCCAAAUAAUGGGACAUUGUUUUUAUGAUGUGCACAAGUGCCUGGGAAACUGCAAAGACGGGCUGACGUCACCAAUUUGCGCUGCUGCAGCUGCUGGAAGUUUUUCCCGAAAGUUCCUCCCGAAACCCCUAGUGACGAAACCAGUAGGUGAUCUCGUUCCUAAAUUUAAGGGGCGAACACACCCACUCCUUACUUUCAGCGUCGCACUUUGUACUUUUACUAUUCUUUCACAGAGACAGAAGUCGCCCUAAAUGAUUAUUUAAAACAUACGCUGUAAGAAAAAAGGGUAUCGCCCCGGUACAUAUAUAAUUGUACUUCCAAUGGUACAAAAAUGUUUCUCAUGAUCAAUUUCUUUAUCUUAAAAGGUACAUUUACGUACAGCUAGGGUCUAGACUAAAAGUCGUGAGGGAACAGCACCAGUGACAAGUAAUUGUGCCCUCAAAGAUACAAAUUGAUAAUUUUUUUGACAAAUCACUUAAGUUCUUUUUAGGACAACAAUAAUAAUGAUGACAAUAAUAAUUGGCCAAUGUUGCAAUAUAAAUUAUAGUGUAGGUUAGGCAACAGAAAUAAUGCAUAUGACAACUAAAUGAAAACGAGUCAUUGUUUAAUUGUUUGCGCAGACGAUAAAUAAAUAAUCAACAGAAACGCGGAAGCGCCUCUAUACGCGGAAAGAUGCCACGGUGAUUUCGACCAUCGCGACCGUGGCCGCUACGCCCAUUUGCUGGUUUGCAUCCAUCCCAUCGCAGCCCCUCACAAUAUUAGGAAUGAGUGGUGGUAAAAGGCCUGGGAUUUAAUGAAGGAUCGUAAAACGGAACCUUAGGCCCGCAUUUCAAGCGGUCGGAUAUACAGCAGGAGAUGGCGGCACAGCUGAAGAAGGCUCCAUCCCUACCUCGAAGGCUUCUGUACACAAUGUUCUUCCUAUCAACCUCAGCUCUGCUGCUCGUCCUGUUUUACAACGACGGGCUUACUGGCGAGUGGCAGUCCAGCCUUCACCAGGCCUUCUUGCUGUCUCGGCAAGUUAAGACCUACCCUCUGCUGCAUGGGCCCCGAAUUUGCCCAUCCCGGAGACCCAUCACCCUUUUGCUUGCAGUGAAGUCGCACAUUUCCAACUUUGAGCAGCGACAGGCUAUCCGAAACACUUGGGGGAAGGAUCGCCUUCAGUCCGAGCAGGUUGUAAGACGGGUGUUCCUGCUUAGCAUCCCGGACAAGGGGGUGGGGCCGUACGCCACAGCCCUGAACUCCAUGGUGAUGGAGGAGAACAAUCUAUACAGGGACAUCCUCCAGUGGGACUUCCAGGAGUCCUUCUACAAUGUGACCCUGAAGGAGUUACUCUUCUGGCACUGGUUCCAGGACCAUUGCAUGGGCUCCAUCCGUUAUGUGCUCAAAGGGGACGAUGACGUGUUUGUUGAUGUGGAGCGUGUGCUGGACUUCCUGCGGGGACCUCCAACCCACGUAGAGCCUCUGUAUAUGGGCCGCCUGUUUGUUAACACAUUUCCUGUACGCUUGUGGGGGAACAAAUACUACGUUCCGUGGUCACUGUACUCUGGGGCCUAUCCUCCAUACAUGGGAGGAGGUGGCUACCUGAUAUCCAACAAAACCAUCCGCCUGCUGCUGCAAGCCUCCUCUGAAGUGCUGCUCUUUCCCAUUGAUGAUGUUUAUGUGGGCAUGUGUGCAGAGGUAGCUAAUAUCAGUGCCAGGCAUCACCAGGGCUUCAUGCCCAUUGAGUUCAACCCCUCACAGCACCCCUGUAUCUACUGGGGGGUUCUGGUGCUACACAGACUAGAGUCGAAUCAACAGUACUUACUGUGGAAUUUUUAUAAGAGUCAAGGACACAAGUGUGAUAACUUUACAUCACAACUAGGCCUGUAGGAGGGACACAUUGCUACUUCCAUUUGUUCACAUAUGGCAUAAUAUUUUGCAAAAGGUUCUGCAUAAAUGAGCCAAAGACAUUCAUUAUAGGUACUGUAUUUAAGCCUUCCAGUGUCAUGUUUGCAACAUUACUGUAGCAUGUUUACUUAUAAGGAAUCGUGGCAUAGCUGGCUAGCCUGUGAGGCACAGAACCUUGGCAUCUCUUCAGCCUAAGUUCCUCUGUUCCCUGCACCCAACAAGCCAGAUAGAUCUAUGUGGUCAGUCAGAUCUAUGUGGUCAGCUUAGACAGACAGGAUCUGAAGGAUUCCUCUUGCACUUUGCGAAUGAAGCCGGGCGUGGCCAUGUAAGCAAAUGCUUGUAAAUUUACUAGUGUGACGUGUAAGCUUCAUCUUGGGCCCAAAACUGAUAUGCUAGCUGGUUUGGAUAAAGCUGUCCACAAUGCAA